AUGAGCCAAGACAAAGUGUCAAAUCAAGUCACCACUACGUUACAUCCAAGUGAUGAAGAAGCAACCGUCAAAUACAACGGUUUCGAUGGUGAAGAUUCAGUUCAAAUAAGUGAUAGUAAAUCGGAGAAAGAUGAGAAAAGGAGUGCGUCGACGAUAUCUGAGGAUGAGAUCGAGAAGACAUUCACAGUUGAUGAUGCUGUUGAAGCGCUCGGAUUCGGGCCAUUCCAAAUGAAGCUUGCAGCUCUUACUGGGAUCGUUUGGAUGGCAGAUGCAAUGGAAAUGACCAUAUUGGCCGUGAUAUUGCCGGCGUUGAAGUGCGAAUGGAAUAUCUCAUCGUUCGAACAAGCGAUGAUGACCACAAUUGUUUUUUGUGGCAUGAUGCUUAGUUCGACGUUUUGGGGCAAUAUCUGUGAUAAACAUGGUAGAAAAAAGGGGUUAACAUGUUCAGCGGUAAUGACGUUUGUUAUGGGUUCGUUGUGUGCUAUAUCGCCAAAUUAUUACGUUCUACUUAUUUUGAGAGGACUUACAGGAUUCGGUGUGGGAGGUGUUCCACAAUGUGUGACAUUAUUCGCUGAAUUUUUACCAAUCGCUCAUCGCGCUAAAUGCGUUCUCUUAAUCGAAGCGUUUUGGUCAUUUGGUACUGCUUUCGAAGCAAUGCUGGCAUUACUGGUUAUGGAGCCGUUAGGAUGGCGAUAUCUGCUAUUCUUUAGUUCGAUGCCUUUGCUCAUUUAUUGUGUGUGUUGUUUUUGGCUUCCUGAGAGUGCACGUUAUCAAGUUACUUGUGGGGAUUUCGACGGCGCUUAUAAAACGCUCGCAAAAGUGGCAUAUGAGAAUGGACGUUCAUUACCACAAGGAAGACUCAUCAACAAGACUGCUAGUGGGGAAACAACAGAAUCAACACAGCAAAUGGGAAGCAUCGCAGACUUAUUCGUUAAGGAUCUCCGCGUUACCACAAUAUUACUUUGGUUCAUAUGGUGUGCGAUAUCUUUCAUAUAUUACGGAUUGGUUCUGUUCACAACAGUUCUGUAUCAAUCGGAUGAUCAGUGUCACGGUGGCAGUACUCUUGGGAAUGAUACAGCAAUGGCUGUAUGCAGACAUCUGGACAAAGAGGAUUACUUCGAUAUCUUGUACACAACACUCGCCGAAUUUCCAGGCAUAAUAGUAACCGCUGUAGUGAUUGAGUUAUUGGGCCGUAAGAAAACGAUGGGUGCUGAAUUUGGUGUUUUUGCCAUAUUCACAUUCUUGUUAUUCUUUUGCCUUCAAAGAAGAACCGUGACCAUAUUUAUAUUCGUCGCACGAGCCUUUAUCGCAGGUUGCUUCCAAUGUGCCUACGUUUAUACACCUGAGGUUUAUCCAACCACGUUGAGAGCGGUUGGGCUGGGGACAGCGAGCGGUAUGGCACGGUUGGGUGCUAUUUUAACGCCAUUCAUUUCACAGGUCGGAGCUGAAGUUUCCGUAUAUAUACCGAUUGGUGUGUAUGGCUCAGUGGCGGUCACUGGCUUAAUUGCAUCAUUUUUAUUACCGAUUGAAACGAAAGGACGAAAAAUGAGGGUGAUUCGAUUUGAGAUUCUGAAAUUUGAUUUGAACAACUGUUUAUACGAACACUGA